AUGGUUAUGCUGGCCUUGAACAAACAAAUAAUGAAUAAUAAGGUAAUACAAAAAGCAGAAGCGCGAAAACGAAAGCAAAAUAAUACAAAUAUCUGCCUUCAACAAGAUCCUGAUUAUAGUCCAGAAAAUGAAAACGGUUCUUCCUCCUCAGAAUGUUCUUUGUCUUUUGCUGAUGACGAUAAUAAUGAUAGUGAAGCCUCACCUAAUCAACAAAGUGUGAAAAUUCCGCGUCUGGAUCGACAUGUAACAGCUGAUUCUGGUAGCUUGAGUUUCACAGAGCUGCAAGCCGAAAGCGAAAUUGAUUCCCAGUCAAACUUCAACAUGGUUAAGAAUAUUGUUGAUGAUAUUGUGAAUUUGUCGCUCGACUGUGUUGAAAAAAUUUUUUAUAAAUCAUUUACCAAGACAGGAAAUCCUCGUAAGCGACAAAGCUUUGAUAUACCUGCCAGUGAACGGAAAAAACGUAAAUUAACAUGUCAAUCAUCUCAGCAUAAGGUUAAAGGAACAUGCAAUUCUAGAACUUGUAAACGCAAUUGCUCAAGAUCCAUUGAUGCAACUCGCCAAGAAGUUAUUAAUAGACAGUACUGGACCCUUAAUAAACAAGAGCAGCGAUUGUUUGUUGGUGGCUGUGCAAGACAAAUCAGUAAGGGAAGAUGCACGACUCUUGCAGGACCUAAUUCUCGUCGUCAGAAUACGUAUAAAUAUUUUUUAACGGACUCUGAAGGAAUUGAGGUGAAUGUUUGCAAAGUGUUUUUUCUUUUAACACUAGGAUACACAAAAAAUGAUCGUUUUCUGAAAAAUAUUAGAGUCAAUUUAAAAACCAGUAUUACUCCUGCAGCUGAAAAAAGAGGGCACCGGCCUGCUAAAAACAAAAUUGAUAAAAAUCCAAUUAUAGAUCAUAUCAAAAGUUUUCAACCAAAUAUAUCACAUUACAGAAGAGAGCACGCUCCGAAGCGUUUAUAUUUACCCUCUGAUAUAAAUAUUGCCAUGAUGUUCAAGGACUUCAAAUUGAAAAACCCGGAUUUUACUGGAAGUUAUGAAUUAUACCGUAAAGAAGUGGCUGCAAUGAAUAUUUCGUUCGCCCAGUUGGGGUGUGAAGAAUGCUUCACAUGCACGGCGUUCAAACUCCACAAAAGCGAGAAAAACCAUGACGAUCCGUUUAGUUACAUAAACUGUGAUGUAUGCUGUAAAUAUCGUGACCAUAAAACUAAGUACACCAACGCACGAAAAGAAUAUGAGGAAGAUGCCAAUAAAAUAGAAACUGAAAGCGAAUUAAUAGUUUCGGUAGAUUUAGAGAAGGUAAUUAUGUUGCCAAGAGCAGAGAUGUUCAAGGAAGUGAUUUUCGUACCACGAAUUACAGUUUUCAAUGAAAGCUUUGUGCCCACCGGUAAGGGAAAAAAAGUAAAACCUCUAGGAGUCUUAUGGCACGAAGGCAUCGCUAAACGUAGUAAAGAAGACAUAAUUUCGACUUAUUACGCUUUUUUUUUAAAAAAUCGAGACAAAGAGAAUGUAACUAUUUGGAUGGAUAACUGCUCCGCCCAAAAUAAAAACUGGGCACUGUUUUGUUUUUUCGUAUACGUUGUUAGCUGCAAGGAAGUUGCUUUGAAAACUCUAAUAAUUAAAUAUUUCGAACCUGGACAUUCGUUUAUGUCAGCAGAUCAUUUCCAUCACCAGGUGGAACUAGCGAUGAAACAACAUAAAACAAUAUGGGAUUUUGAUGAUUUUGUGUCAUGUGUGGCAUCUGCAAACGGUGGCAAAACUGAUGUAAUAAAAAUGAAUUUGACAAAUUUUUUUGAUUGGAAAGAUUUUUCAUCCAAAUUCAAACUUAAGAAAGAGAAAUUUUAUUUCAAAAAUCUGACAAUGGCAGUUUUCACAAGAAAUGAAGGAAACUUUCAAUAUAAAACUGGUUUUGAUGAAGAGGAGUUCAAAUCGUUAAAUUUCCUCAAUAAUAAAGUUGUAAAGACAGGUAUUCCAAUGGCAAAUUCUAGAGAAAGAAACCAUGGGGUAGAUGCAACUCGAAGAAACACCUUAAUAUCUACCCUUGCACCAAUAAUUCCAAAAACCCGUCUUCAAUUUUGGCAGGAGCUAGAUGUUAACGAUAAUCCACCCAAUGACGAUGAUGAUGAUUCUGAAUAA